GGGUGCCCUGCGCCCGCCGCGGUCGCGGGAGGAGGCGAAGGGCAACCAGUCUCCUGGGUCUUCCUGACCUGCGGAGUUCCUGAGGCCUCCGGAAGCCUUGAAGGAGCCACACCUUUGAGGGGCUGCGGGAGCUUGAACCUCCGGUUUGUGACUCGCAGCCUCGGACCCCUGAGGGCGCAAAGAAGACUGCUCCGCAGGCACUUCGCUUCCUCCUCCAGAGGCCUGGCUCCCCCGCGUUGGCUACCUCCGCAGUGUGUCCUACUUCUUCUCAAUGUUCUUCCCAUAUACCUGGAAAUAUGAUCAGCGCCCCUGACGUGGUGGCCUUCACCAAAGAGGACGAGUACGAGGAGGAGCCUUACAAUGAACCGGCACUGCCCGAGGAGUACUCGGUGCCGCUCUUCCCCUUCGCCAGCCAAGGAGCCAAUCCAUGGUCCAAACUGUCCGGGGCCAAGUUCUCUCGGGACUUCAUCCUUAUUUCCGAAUUCUCUGAGCAGGUGGGACCCCAGCCCUUACUGACCAUCCCCAAUGACACCAAAGUUUUUGGUACUUUUGAUCUCAAUUACUUCUCUUUGCGGAUCAUGUCUGUGGAUUACCAGGCCUCCUUCGUGGGGCAUCCUCCUGGCUCUGCCUACCCCAAACUGAACUUCGUGGAGGACUCCAAGGUGGUGCUGGGAGACUCCAAGGAAGGGGCUUUUGCCUACGUGCACCAUCUUACCCUGUACGACCUGGAGGCCCGUGGCUUCGUGAGGCCCUUUUGUAUGGCUUAUAUCUCGGCAGACCAGCACAAAAUUAUGCAGCAAUUCCAGGAGCUCUCAGCUGAAUUUUCCAAAGCAUCAGAGUGCUUGAAGACAGGCAACAGGAAGGCUUUUGCCGGGGAACUUGAAAAAAAACUGAAAGAUUUGGAUUACACCAGGACAGUGCUACACACGGAGACAGAGAUCCAGAAGAAAGCCAAUGACAAAGGCUUUUACUCAUCUCAGGCCAUCGAGAAGGCCAAUGAGCUGGCCAGCGUGGAGAAGUCCAUCAUUGAACAUCAAGACCUUCUGAGGCAGAUCCGCUCAUACCCUCAUCGCAAGUUGAGAGGGUCCAAUUUGUGUCCUAGGGAAUCGGAGCACACCCAGGAUCCGCCCAGCCAGGCAGCCGCUACCUCUGACCUUGAAGAGUCUGCUGAUACUGACCAUUACACCUGCAGACCUUCCUACACCCCGAAACUCAUCAAAGCAAAGUCCACCAAGUGUUUCGACAAGAAGCUCAAGACCUUGGAGGAGCUCUGUGACACCGAGUACUUCACCCAGACCCUGGCGCAGCUCCGCCACGUUGAGCACAUGUUCAGAGGGGACCUUUGUUACCUCCUGACCAGUCAGAUUGACAGAGCACUCCUGAAGCAGCAGCACAUCACCAGUUUCCUUUUUGAAGAUUUGGUGGAGGUUGGCGACAGACCAGCCGAGAAACAGGAGAGCACAGUCUCUAAGCCCCAUCACUAUGGGCUGCCUUCUGAGUCUCCGGAAGACUGUUUGGUUCCUCAAGUGUUAAUCAGCGUGGGCUCCUACAAAUCCAGCGUGGAGUCCGUGCUCAUCAAGAUGGAGCAGGACCUUGGGGAUGAGGCAUCAAGGGGAGCGGCGGUGACGGAAUCAAGCAGUUUUGACCCCCAGGAGAACUUGGACUACCUGGAGAUGGACAUGAAAGGGAGCGUUAGUAGUGGAGAGAGCAUCGAGGUUCUGGGCACAGAGAAACCCACCUCUGUGCUGUCGAAGUCUGAGAGCCAGUCCAGCCUCACGGUGCCCUUGAGCCCCCAGGUGGUCCGGAGCAAGGCGGUCAGCCACAGGACCAUCAGCGGGGACAGCAUCGAAGUCCUCAGCACCUGCCCCUCUGAGGCCCUCAUCCCCGACGACUUCAAGGCCAGCUAUCCAAGUGCCAUUAAUGAGGAGGAGUCCUACGCAGAGGGCGGCCAGGGGGCCAUCCUCUUCCAGGCAGGCAUCAGCCCUCCAGAGUUGGGGGAGGCCGAGGAGGGCAGCUCGAGCCUUGCUUCGCUACAGACAGACGCCUCUUGCUGCAUUGGGAGGGAGGCUGGUGCUCUGCUGGUGCCGCUCUCCACCCCAGGCCACACAGUCUCUGAUGAGGACGGGGUCGUGAGCGUUCCCCCACAGCGCUACCGGCAGAAGGACCAAGGGUUCCACGUGGACUUCUCUGUGGAAAAUGCCAGUCCUUCCCGAGACAACAGUUGUGAAGGCUUCCCUGCUUAUGAGCUAGACCCGAGCCACCUGCUGACCAGCCGAGAUGGCAGUAAGACCAGCCUGGAUGACCACUCCGACGCCACCAGCUACGGGAGCAGCGUAGCCUCCACCAGCUCUGACAGGACUCCCUCCUCCGUGCCUCCUGCUGGCCUCUCUUCCGAGAGGCACAAGAAGAGGGCGGGCCAGAACGCCUUAAAGUUCAUCCGCCAGUACCCGUUUGCCCACCCAGCCAUCUACUCCCUUCUCAGCGGGAGGACGCUGGUGGUCCUGGGGGAAGAGGAGGCCAUGGUCAGGAAGCUGGUGACUGCACUGUCAAUCUUUGUCCCUGGCUAUGGCCGCCAUGGCAAACCCGUGAAGCACUGGCUCUCCUCCCCUUUGCACAUCACGGACUUCCAGAAGUGGAAGCUUAUUGGCCUGCAGAGGGUGGCGUCCCCCGCCAGUGCCGGUGCCCUGCACGCCCUGAGCCGCUAUAGCCGCUACACGAGCAUCCUUGACCUGGACCGGAAGACCUUGCGCUGCCCGCUCUACAGGGGCACCCUGGUGCCACGGCUGGCGGACCACCGCACACACAUCCGGCGGGGCAGCACCUACUUCCUGCACGUGCAGAGCCUGCUUGCGCAGCUGUGUGCCAAGGCCUUCGUCUAUACCUUCUGCCACCACCUGCACCUGCCCGCACAUGGCAGCGAGGCCCCGGAGCUGGCUUCCAGUCGCCAGGCCAGCUUCCUGCAGCUGACGCUGGGGCUAGUGCAUGAGGAUGUCAAGGUGGUGCGGUACCUGGCAGAGCUGCUGCGGCUGCACUACACGCAAGAGCUGCGCGGGACCAGCCAGCCUGCCCUCAGGUUCGACUACGUGCCCAGCUUUCUAUACAAGAUCUGAGUCCUGCCCGGCCUCAGUGACUGAGAACUGUGACCCAGGGUUGGGGAGGUGUUGGCAUGACUGGGCGGUCCUCUGAGUUGUUCAGACUCCUGCUGUUGUCAGCGAGAAGGACAGCAAGGCAGCAGCCAUGGUUCCCAGGUGCCUCUGGGCAAGGGUGGAGGGCCUGGCCCUCUGGCAGUGUUCCUUGGAGGAGAGUGGUUGGGGUCGCGCCCAGAGGCUGGGACAGAAGAAAGUCUCUGUGGUGGAUGAGGGCAACGGGGCAGAGCCCAUGUGGAGGACCACACUGGUCACGGGCAGCUUCUCUGGACACUCAGACAAGCAAGGUCAGGGGGCAGCUGUUGCCUGGAGGACAUCGUGGGAAGCAGGACGAGGCCCUUCACUUGGCUUUGUGGAGCCGCCCUCUCAGGGAGGCCCCUGAAGGCACCCUGCCCAGUCCUCACCUCCUGACCAGGCAUGGAGGCACCUGUCGCUGGGCUUCCCAGCUCAGCAGUAAUGAGCAGAAUCACUGACACCCCAUUUUCAGAUCUGUUCUCGGGGGUGGGGAGUCCUGGAGAUAAGGCCACGGGGUUCCUCGAGGAAGAGCCAGCCCUGUCCACCCUUCCCUGGCCGGGUGAUUCUACUCUGUCCUCUGAAAGGGUCUGCCGACAGGCCGGAGCUCAGUUGGCAGAGGUCACCCCAGUCCUCACACCCACAGCAAACCUUUGCAACCACUUCACUACCUCGUGGGGUGUCGCGGGCCUGGCGCCCGCUGGGUCCUGUUCAGCUAGCCACCAGGCUGGGGUCUCCAGGAAGGCUGUGUGGCAGUCUUAGUGAUCUGCCUCAGGGGCUGUGCCGGCCUGGAGCGUGGGCACCUACGGCAGCUUGCUCUGCUGCACCCUCCCGCCCCCGAGUCCCCCACACCUUCACCCACCAGGACCCCCGAGGCUCUGACAGUUACCCCUGAUGUAUAUAGAUGGAUGGUUUUUGCAACCUUGAGACUUUCGUACCUUUUUUUUCUUAUGCUGUUAGAGAGAACUCUUGGUGUUACUGCUUUACGUUUCCCCAAAUUGUGAUAAACACACCUGAACUAGCCACAGUGGUUGCUCCUGAGCACGUGUGUGCAAGUCUGCUGGGGCCGCAUUCUGUGUUGUUGGCUCCGUGUCACCUCAGUCCGGUGGCUUCUCCCUGCCUGGGCUUCUGCUCAGGGUCUCCAUUCCCACUGGAGGGCUGAUCCUGCUCCAGAGUCUAUGACUGAGGCCCCUUGGGGGCAUUAUGUCGCCUUUUCUCGGCUCUGUGUACCUCUGCUGUCAGCUGUGUUCCCCCAGAGGUGUCUCCAGGGAUGGCCCGGCAGCUUUUAAAUGUGCAUUGUGGGCACCGGCAGGAAGGCUGCCCUCCUGUUACUCCCCACUCCCCCUCCUCGUGUUCUGAGGCUGCUCUGUUUCCAGGUAGGUGGCUGAUUGUGUCUACUUGGGCCUCCUGGGACAUGAGCUUUUGUGACACCUUAUGUCCAGGGAAGAUCAGCGGGCCAUGGGGCCCCAGUGACCAGAUACAAGGUGACCACUGGCCCACCUGUUUUGUUCCUGGGCCAUCAGCAUGGGCUCAGCAGUUCACACCUCUUACUUGGGAAGCUGGGAGGGGCAGCAGGUCAGUCACACUGGCCUCCUUGAAGCAAAAGUCCAAUUCUGGAGAGUAUUUGUGCAGAAGCUACACCUUAAGUGGUCAGGAGACCCGCAGGGUGUGGAGGGCAAGCCUGGCUGGUGUGAGCAGGCCUGGCCAUGGGGCAGCCACAGAGUGGGCACCCAGGAGCCAAUCCCUUGAGCUGUGUCUUCACUGAGAAGUAGCCUUUGCUAACCAGUGGUUGAACUCCAGCAUUUAAAUUUUAGUUAAAAUCCAGCUCUGCAGUGUGGCUGUUUCACAGGCUUGCUUGAUGGCAAGUAUGUUUCUCGUCAGAGGAUCUUGAAGGGGAACCAGGCCCUCCCUGCCCGCCCACAGUUCCGGAACCUGCCGGAAGUGUCAGACAUACCCACAGUCUGAGCAGUGGUGGCCUGUGCAGCAGCCUAUCUUGUCUUCCCUGUAAUAUUAAGUGUUCAAACACCAAGACACUUAAGAAAUCAGGAUAUCAGCACCCCUAGUACUUCUUCAGUCCUAGUGUCACCUUGGAGGCCCAGGCACCGAAACCUUGAGGUUGGUUUCAGCUUCACUUCCAGUCUGUUACGUGCACUGCGUGCCGCCGCCCCCCCCCUCCCCCCACUUUUAAAGCAGUCCAGGUUAUGAAGAACCUGCUCAAGCUGGCAGUGAAGAGAUUUCCAGAAGCUCCACACCCGCCGAACCCUUUUGGCAGCCCCUGGGGGUCUUGCUCCUUCAGUAGAAUCAGAUCCCGGGUCAUUUCCCAGUUGGUUCUUUAACAUCUUGUUUUAGGUCAGUUACCAUGUGCAGAGAUUGUAAAUUUCACCCCCAAACUAGUGACAAGUUGCAGGAAGGCUGGUAGAUUCUCCCCCAAGUGCCAGGGCUGCUGCAGCUCGUGACCCGUCCCCGGAGGCCUAGCAGUCCAGACAACCCUGCACGCAGCUUGCCGACCCCUCCCCAGCCUGAUGUCGCUGUCCGGCCAGCUGCUCCCUCAGUCCACGAUGCUGCCGCUGCCAUGUGGUCUCCACACAGACAGGGGCCCUCAGCUAGUGGACAGCCUUUCCCAUCUCCCUAGAGGCUUGAGAAAGUGCCUUGGCUCGUGCUGUGAAGCAAACCAACUGGCUUUCUGGCUUUUCCCCAGUGUUGUGAUAGAAGCUGCUAAAACUGGAAUUUUUAAGAGAGACGGCAUUAACAGACUGCAAAAAGGAAAAGCAUCAAAAAAAAAAAAAAGGAAAAGCAUCAAAUCUCUACUUCUGCCCAGAAGGAAAACCAGCUUCAGCUAGGGUUUGAGCACACUGGCCCUACCUGAGGAGGUUUGGUUACCACUGCUGUGGGGAGGAGGGAGCAGGCGUGUGGGGUGGGUGUGCGGCGGCCUGGGGACGCCCCUUUCUCUCAGGCUGGGCAGUGUGACGACCCCACAGCCUCCAGAGGUGGUGGCUGCCCUGCCCACUGUGCUGGAGCCGCCACCCACCACUGCGUUCAGGCCACAGUGAGAAGCAUAGGGCGUGACAAAGUCGUAUUUGUCACUUUUUUAAAGGCUAUUUUAUUAUUGCAUGUUCCUUGUCGUGUGUGAGUGUGGGUCCCCCAGGUGAGCUGGGCACUGCAGGGCGAGAGCACGCUGCACAUGCAUGUGCCCGCAGCUCUCGGUGUGGCUGCACCAGUUUAACCAGUCAUGCCAAACAAAUAGUAUGAGAAGUGUACUUUUUAAGAAAUUAAUUUAUUUGAGUUGAGAUAUUUUUGAAAUAUAAAAAUUGGUUGUAUUUUUUAAAACUAUAAUUCUUGUAGACAUCCUGUGGUUAAAAAUUUAACUGUGCUUAUUAAAAAUGGUCAUCUAUGUUUUGCACUUGAGAUUUGUGGAAAAUAAAGUUUCUCUGGGAAGGUGA